GCCCCAGGCGCCGCGGGGAGCAGCGUCCGUGGGCGCCGGGCACCGGGACACCUUUGAGGGGGCCGGGGAGAUGCCCAACCCCAAGAACAGCAAAGGCGGCCGCAAAAACAAGCGCGCCAACAGCAGCGGGGACGAGCAGGAAAAUGGAGCCGGGGCCUUGGCGGCGGCGGGUGCGACAGGCGCGGCGGCCGGAGGGGCCCUGGCGGCGGCGGCGGGCUGCGGGGCGGUGUCAGCGGGCGCGGUGGGCACCGGCGGCGCGGCGGGCGCGGGAGGUGCGGCCACGGGCGCCGCCAACGCCGGCGUCGCUGCGGGGGCUGCAGCCGCGGGAGACGCCAAGAACGAAGCUCCCUGUGCCACGCCUCUGAUCUGCAGCUUUGGGAGGCCAGUGGACCUGGAGAAGGAUGACUAUCAGAAGGUGGUAUGUAACAAUGAGCACUGCCCCUGCAGCACGUGGAUGCACCUGCAGUGCUUCUAUGAGUGGGAGAGCAGCAUCCUGGCGCAGUUCAACUGCAUUGGCAGGGCCCGCAGCUGGAAUGAGAAGCAGUGCCGCCAGAAUAUGUGGACCAAGAAGGGCUACGACCUGGCCUUUCGCUUCUGUUCCUGUCGCUGUGGGCAAGGCCACUUAAAAAAGGACACAGACUGGUACCAAGUAAAGCGGAUGCAAGAUGAAAAAAAGAAGAAGUCUGGGUCAGAGAAGAACACAGCAAGGCCUCCAGGGGAAGCUGGGGAGGAGGCAAAAAAAUGCAGACCCCUGAACAAGCCCCAGAAAGGCCUGAACCAUGACCUUCCCCGGCGGCAUUCCAUGGACAGGCAGAACUCCCAAGAAAAGACAGUCAAUGCUGCAGCCUAUGGGGCCCGCUCCCCUUGUGGCUCCCCUGGCCAGUCCCCACCCUCUGGUUACUCUAUCCUCUCCCCAGCCCACUUUAGUGGUCCCCGCUCCUCCAGAUACCUUGGGGAAUUCUUAAAGAAUGCCAUUCAUCUUGAGCCUCACAAAAAGGCCAUGCCUGGGGGCCAUGUGUUCAGAAAUGCCCACUUUGAGUAUAGUUCGCCUGGGCUGUCUGUACACAGGGCAGGUCACUUUGACACCCCUGUACAGUUUCUGCGGCGACUGGACCUCUCUGAACUACUCACUCACAUCCCCAGGCAUAAGCUGAACACUUUCCAUGUUCGAAUGGAAGACGACGCCCAAGUGGGCCAAGGCGAGGAUCUACGGAAGUUCAUUCUUGCAGCCCUCAGUGCCAGCCACAGAAAUGUUGUGAACUGCGCUUUGUGCCACCGGGCACUCCCCGUGUUUGAACAGUUCCCACUAGUGGAUGGAACUCUGUUCUUAAGUCCCUCAAGACAUGAUGAGAUUGAAUAUGAUGUUCCUUGUCACCUUCAAGGGAGACUCAUGCAUCUGUAUGCAGUGUGUGUGGACUGCCUGGAAGGGGUUCACAAGAUCGUCUGCAUCAAGUGCAAGUCCCGGUGGGAUGGCAGCUGGCACCAGCUGGGUACCAUGUACACCUAUGACAUCCUGGCUGCCUCUCCUUGCUGUCAGGCCCGUCUGAACUGCAAGCACUGUGGCAAGCCUGUGAUCGACGUACGAAUCGGGAUGCAGUACUUCUCUGAGUACAGCAAUGUCCAGCAGUGUCCACACUGUGGGAACCUGGACUACCAUUUUGUGAAGCCAUUCUCCUCCUUCAAAGUUCUCGAAGCUUAUUGAUGAAAGCUUUGCUUUAGUAAUAGCUAUUUUAUUGAUAUUAUUACUUUACUACAUAUCUUUUAUAGGGAAACAUUCUGUGACAUUACUUUCUUUUCUAAUUUAAAGCAGAGUUUACUUUGUAUAUUUGCGCCACUAAAAUGAGGGCUUCCCCUUGCCCUGUCUUGAUUCCCAAAUGUCAGUAUGUGGUUAAUACUGGAUCCCAAAUGGGAAGUCAUGCAGGUUUUGGUAGGGUUUCAGUCUCCUGCAGAAUCUCUGAUGCAGUUUUAGGAAGGAUGGAUGACAUUUAGGUGUGGGUUCUGUGGUGAGACUAAAGGUGUUGUGGGAGUUGGGAGGAAGCUUUUACUUAGCUCUCUGGUAGAGAUCUGCUGUCAGAUGCUUGGGCCUUGGGGAAAACGAGUGACAAGUGAAUGUAAGUCUGAGCCUGGAGAGCCAGUGCUGCUUAGGCUACCUGGACUCUGUUCUUCAGUUCAGGUUGAGGUGCAAUUUACUCCACUGACAGGUGAUUUGGGAGUAGAGCUGAGUGCUCUGUCUUUACUGUUUAUAAAAGUUAACAGUUUUCAUACUGGAAAUAAUAUCCAAAUUAUAUGACACUUGAAAACUGUUGCUGUUACAAAUGUUUUAGGUGAGCUGAAUAUAGCAGGUCUUGUGAAGUGAAAUUGGAAAUGAUGUUCACUGAAUCAUGAGGGCAGGAAGACAAAACUUGUUUAUUUGAAUUGUUUCUCUAGAAAUCAAUCAGAAAACCUACAGCAAAUCUGCACAUGCUGUGGUUUUGAUGGGUAUCAUUUACAGAUUGCAUUGCUGAAGUAAUUGUUUGAUACCCAGAUCUUCUCGGAAGUAAACCUCUAGCCUAACUGUGCUACAGAACUAGUCGUGCCACACUUGUCAUAUAUCUACUGCCACAUAAACCCAUUUAAUACUCAGUUUCCAAAACCAGAGUUGACCUGAAGAAAAAAGGGGAAAUUGGUUGGAAUGAAGAAGAACAGCUCUUAUUCUUUUAAAAGUAUGUUUCAUUUUGCAACAUUAUGCAAAGAGCAUAUUUGAAAAUAGAUUAUCCUGAAGAUUCCCAUGAUCCCUUACUGUUUUUUUUUUGUUGUUGUUGUUAAAUUAUAUACAGAACACCAGGUAUUCCAAAACCAGCUCCUGUUCACUAGAACUUGGUGGCUUCAAUGUGCUGAAGACACCCCUUAUAGAAUUAGAAUUAGAGAAUUACUUCUCAUGAGGGAAUUUGAUAAUUUCAAGUAUGACACAGAAAUAUACAUUAAAAGAAUACUAAAAAUAAUCAUUUAAUGAGUAGGUAAAUGUGGGAUUCAUGUAAAUAAUUUUAUAUCACUUACUUGGUUUAUGCCAUCCCCAAGGGAUUUUCUUUUCAUAAUUGUCUAAGCAUUAUUGCCAAUGAGUUUUAGGUUCUACAGAAGUGCUUGGUGUUUUGUUUGAAACAAUAACAUUAAAUAACCUAUGCUAAACUAAAACUCUUCUUCAUCAGUUGGUUUGUUACUUCUGGUUUAGUGUUUGAUGAGCUGAAAAGUUUCACAUCUGCAAGAAAUGCUCCAGUUGCCUAGGACAAGCAGAAAUCAUCAUUGGUCAGAUGGUGUCUAAUGCAAUUUCAUGAGGUCUAUAGGACAUAAUACUUGCAAAUUUUUCUGUGAUACACAAAGCUGUAAUUAUGAGUUAGCUGUUUCCUUAUGAAUCUACUGUACACAUAUGAAUCUGUUGUACACAAAAGUUAAAAUUUGGUAAAUUUCUAUUCAGAUUCCAUAUUUGUCUUCAUGUUUGUUUCCAAUUUUUAAAAUAAAUACUAAUGCUGUUCUUUAACCUAUUGACAUUUUCUAGUAAAAUUUCAUUAUUGUUCUGAAGUAUUCCUAGCCAUUGCACCCAGUGAGUUCUUUAGAUUUAGAAAAAAACAAAACAAAACAAAAAAUCAAAAACACUGUGGGACUGUAAGCCACAUCUUGUUCUUGCUUCUUAGAUUGUUUUCUGCCCCCAAAUGAAGUUUCACUGUAAUUGGAUAACAUUUGCUGUUGAUAUUGUGCUGAUGAUAAAGUAAAAAAAGAGAAGCAUGAGUCCCAUAUUCUAAUACUUACCUUUUGCCUUUUAGUGCAUUGAUCUUAAUUUUUACCAAACUUUGCGUGAACACAUUGGUUAGAAUUGGAAUGUGUCAGGAAAUACCACUUUUGUUGAAGUUGGGAUAUGAACGGGCAUCAGUCAUCUAGGAGACCUAACUUCUGGGGUUUUUUGUUUGUUUGUUUGUUUGUUUUUGUUUUUUGUUUUUCCCAUGAGUAGUAAAGUGAUUUUUAUCUACUUUAACAUUUUCAGUCAUUUAUUUUGAAAGAAUUCCAUACUUUGAGCAAUUAAAAGUAACUGCUCCUAUCUUGAAAGAAGCUAAUUUCCGAUUAUUUUCUCUUCAGGACAUCUUAGCUCUCUGCUUUCAUCUGAUCACUCAAUCACAUGGGAAGCACUUGGUAAAAUUUGGCUUAUACCUUAAAGGUAGACUUUAUUUCAUUACAAAAGAGCUUCCCCAGCAUCCUUUAAUUUCCAAUCUUUGUAAAAGGGGUUCCCUUUCCUAAGUAAAGGAAAUUUCCAUACUUUUCUGGGGGAAAUUAACUUAUGAAGGAAGAAUAUUACAUGUUUAAAUGCUAAAACUUAACAAAGUGACCCAUAACUUGCUAGACCACCUUUCUGAGUUCUUCAUGUCAUCUCACCACACCAGGGCUCACAUUUCAGUCUGCUCUGUGCCUGUUGUCUAACCUGUUUGGUUUUUUGUUUAAUUCCUUGAAGGAAGCACUUGUUGAGUAAUUGUAGUUGGAAGAUUGGAGAAGAGGUGAGGAGAAAGUACUUUUGUUUAGGGUCUGGUUCCCAAACAGGAUGCUUCAUAGCCCAAUUUCAUACUUUGUUGACUUAAGAUUUUUCAAGGUAAUUGAAAGGGAAUAUAAUGAAUGGACUCCAUGAAAAGCAGCUCAAAAAUAUGCUGUAUAAAUAUUUCUUGUCAAGAUGUUUGCAUUGCACUUUUGUUGAGGGAAGCUAGUGUAAAUACUUAAAGAAUGUUGAGAAAAUUGAAGCAUUUGGGUUUUGGAAUCAUGUGUGGUGUUAGAGGGUUUCUAUAUGUGAAAGGUAUCUAUUAAGAAUAAAAAAUUUU